AUGACCUCAAAAACGCCUGCCGCCUUUCAAGUGCACCAGACCAGAAAGCCACUGAAUCAAUUUUCCGUCGACCUACAGGCAGCAAUCAACCAUGCAACAAAAUUGAGCACCUAUCAAAAGACAGUGGUGAUAGCCUUUCACUGGCAUAAUGACGACAUAGGAGUCGAGCCCCUCGAGAGAGAACUUUUAGGCGUCUUUCGAUCUGUUUUUGGGUUUGAGACGGAGAGUUUCUCAAUCCCGCUUGAGGAUUCCCAGUGGAUACUUCUGCACUAUCUUGUCUCUUGGUCACGGCGCCACUCUGGAGAAGAUACCCUCCGAAUAUUUGUCUACUCGGGUCAUGCAGGUUGUGCCGGAAGAGUCGCCGAAACCUGGCACUUGGGUGGUCAAUGUAAUGCCAAUACCGGCAAUCUGGUAGGCCCGAGCAUUAACUGGUGGGAAGUCCGUGGAUACAUGGAACGACACCCAGGCGAAGUCUGCUAUCUUUUUGAUUGUUGGUCCGCAGGAUCAGGGGCUUUGAGCGCAUAUAAGGGCGCAGAGUUUCUGGCAGCCGCCGCCUGGGAUCAAAUGACAACGGCGAGUAUUAAUUUCUCCUUAACCCGAGUUCUCAUCGACGAACUGCGUCUGCUGAACGGCCGGUCCGAGACCCUGGCAAGCAUUUAUUCUCGAAUUUUUUCCUGCGCGCAGCAGAAUCAGGCUGGAUCUGCACCAGUGCAUAUCCCUAAACCAAAUUCGCCCAGCGUGACCAUUGGCCGCAAUCGCUCAAGGCCGGCGAUCACCAGGAGUAGCGACCAAGAUGCCUCCUAUGUUCUAAUAAGCAUGAAAGUCCGGGAAGAUAUUCCCCUAAAUCUCACUGAAUGGAAAGAGUGGCUGACACGCCACAUUCCUGCCCACGUGCUGUCCGCCAAGGUCACGAUCGAAGGUGCUUUUCGAGGCUCCAGUCUCCUCCUUUUCACUGUUCCCGUGGAAGUCUGGACAAUGAUGCCGGCUAAUGACCCGUGCUACGCAUUUAUUGCGCACGUUAAGUCGCACAAUCUGUUAUCCCAACCACUAACUCAGACAACCCUACCAAUGCACUUCCCCCUUUAUCAGGAAGAGAGAAUCGGCCACGGUGAAGCCCAGACAAAAGGUCUUUCGGUAGCCCUGGACGUUCUCCGUCUCGUUGAAUAG